AUGUAUUUACCUUAUAUUCUCUCAACCCAAAUUUUGCCCAAAUCAAUUAAAUUAAUAAUUGGGAAAAAGGAGGUUCACCCGCCGGCCACCAACAGGGAAGCGGUGGCACCAACGGCACGCACUACAGCAGCUGAUCCACCGCUCGCUGACCGCUCCUCGGCAGGUUUGGGACCGACGGCAGUGUUUCCUCCGGAAACAGCAGGUCCGGUAGCAAGUGGUUGCCAUCUUCUGCGUUCAACUGCUUCGUCAUUCCCUUCGGGUCUAGCGGCAGCCAGCUCUUCAUCGGCGGCAGCAGAGACUUCUUCUCCAGUAAACCAGCAGCGACCCAGCGGCAGCCAGCAAGUCUCCGUCCUCAAGCAACUCCACCGUGCCGAACCAACAGUUCCAACUCCCUCAGCAGCAGCGGCCUGCCUCCAGCAGUUCACGCCGACAGCUUCAAAGGUAGUAUCAAAUCCCACCACCAUGGCAGGCUCUCCUAAGUUGGUAACUGCAGACACCAAUUUUUCUGAUUUUACGGCUCAAAAAGCCAGCUUCUAAUGCCUUUGCCAUAGGAUCCACAUCCAACCUUUUGACAGGUUCUGAGUUAGUCACGCCAGCUGUGACUAUUCCAAUUUAUCCUCUUCUGGAAGGGUUUGCCAAUGGGAGAGAAAAGAAUGAAGUAAAUGGCAUUAUUGAUUAUAGAGAUCCUGUCUUUUUCAAAUUUCAACAUUUGCACGUCGCCAUCCAAGAGAAACAUCAUGUCAUGAAUUUAUAGGCUGUUUUCUCAGAAGUUGUGAAAGUGAAGUCUGCUUGCGAUCAAAAUGAGAUGAGCCGAAGUGUAACAUAUCUUUUCGAAUUCUCCUCUAUCUCACUUGUCGCGUACUGCUCAAAACUCUUCCAGCAACUUUGAUACUAUUUAGCAGUAUAUCGAACUAAUUAAGUAGUUGAUAAUUGUAAUACUUUAGUACCUUUAAAGGUUGUUGGAUGAUUUUCUUGUAUUUAUUUCAGAGGAUGUUUUCUCACACGGCCUUUUGGCCAGUACUUGCUUUGUGACACGUACACCUGCACCUAUACACUUGUACAUGCAUUGCAUUACAGAGACGCCAUUCAGGUACUUUCUAAA